ACAGAGACUAGUGUUGCUGUUGCAACAGCUGUUUAAGCACGUUUUUCGUUUGUUUAUAAAAAAAAGUGGAAUAAGAUGAAGCCGAAAACACAAAAGCCGCAGGGAAAACCCAAUAAAAAGCCAACGCACAGCAAGGCCAAGGCCACGCAAUGGCAGAAGCCAAACUUUAAGCAGAAGCACAAGGCGAAGCCGAAAACAGAUAAACCAAACAAGCCCGAGAUCCGCCAAAUGAUCCGACAGCAGAAGGCAUCCAAAGCCGAGGCUGAGCGCCAACAGGUGCGGGCUGAAAAGGAGGCUCGCAUUAAGGCCUACAAGAAGCAGCGCCUCGAAAAGACCAAGGCCAUUAGCAAGCGCACCCAGCGCGGCCAGCCGCUGAUGAAGGAUCGCAUGCAGCUGCUGCUCAAGCAGAUCGAGGAGAUGAAGCAACGCUGACACCUCACCUCAUUACGCGCCUGACUGGAUAUCCACAUUGGCUAGGAUCGGACUCACUCGCUUUGGAUAAUAGUCGUAGCUUAACUUAAUUUAGAUUUAGCCUUAACUUCUUUGCGAUCCAAGAGAUCCUCAGUAUACAUAAUCGUACUGUUAAGGAUGAUUAUGGCCAUUAUAUGGUUAUAUGGCAGAUCCAUAUAGUUUUCUAUGAACUCUUUCAGAGUUUCAGAAGAACCAUCGGAAGCCGGUUAGGGUAACCAUUACAAAUAAAGCUAAAUUGUAAGAAACACAA